UAGGUGACACCCUUGCAGUUCCGGUGAUUACAAAAAAAAAUUAAAGCACGUUUUUUACUUAACUCUAACACAACCGAAUUGACUGUUAGUUGGAAGUAAUAAUAUUUAUUGCGUGCAGAACUAAGCCUAACAGGCACACGUGUUUCGGUAUUAAAACUUAAGAUAAACUGUUUUGGCUGUAUAAUUAAGAAUCUAAAACUCGAGAGUCAAGCUACGUACAAUUUAACUUUCACCUAAGCCUAACUGUUACUGUGUUAGGUCGACAAGUUAUAACUGGACAUCCCACAUGGACAUUGAUUUACUUGUCUACGAGUGAUUUUUGGUCCCAACUAAGAAUAACGAUUGGUUCUAUUACAACUGACAGGUAAAGAAACUAGACCAAUGCCUUUGGAUGGGAAAAGAAUUUGCGGUCCAGAAGGGACAAAAUCACCUUUACUUUUUAUACCUAAAAAACAAACUAACUUGUUAGAUGACAACAGAAAGCGAACAGAUGGAAGACAUGCUGAAGAUCUGAGGCCUCUGUUUUUAAGGCUUGGUAUCAACAGUCAAGCACGAGGCUCAGCGUACAUCGAGAUGAACAGAACAAAGGUGGUAGCAACAGUAUAUGGGCCUCGAGAAAUUCAGAGAAGAAGAGAGUUUGAUAUGAAGGGGCAGUUAUUGUGUGAAUUUAAAUUUGCACCAUUUUCUUGUAAAGUGCGUCGUCAGUAUCAGCCAGACAACGAGGAGAAAGCUUUAUCUUCAGUCCUUCGAGAAACACUUGAACCUGUUGUUUGCCUUCACAAGUUUCCAAAAUCCAGAGUGGAUAUCUUUGUGUUGGUUCUAGAAAAUGAUGGUUCAGCUUUGGCUGCAGCCAUAACGUGUGCAGGAGCGGCCUUGGUUGAUGCUGGUAUUGAUAUGUACGACGUUGUGAUUGGCUGUGGUUUAAGACAGGACGAGGCCACGACCUUAGUAGACCCAGUAUACGAAGAGGAAUACAGACCUGAGGAUAAUCACCAGAGUGGAGAGCACGGAAACAUGGUCCUUGGUUUUAUGCCUUUGCUCCAGCAGGUGGCAGCACUUCAGUGUGAUGGGGAACUACAACCCAAAACAGUGUCAGCGGCACUUGGAAUGUUGAUGGAAUCAUGCUAUGGAAUUUACAGUAUUGUACAGGAAUGCCUAACAGAGUCCUUGAAAAACAAAUUAAAAAAGAGAGAAAAGGAUGUCACCAAAGUUAUUUCUUGAUACCUAAAAUCUUUUACGUCUACAUCAUGCAUAUGUCAGUAAUAAAUUUUUUUAGAGAAAUGUCGGUUUUGUAAGAUAUCACAAACUUUGUUGAUUAUAUGUUGGAUAAUAAAAAAAAACAAUUUA